AUGGCGGACGAAGGCAAAAUCGCCUGUCUCAUCAUCUUUUUCCUCUGUCUCCGCCCAUCUUCGGAGGCACAAACGUGGGUCAAGUCCGGUUACUUCUAUGCCGACAGCAAAAUCCCGAUCUCGGACAUCGAUUCCUCUUUGUUCUCUCACCUCAUAUGCGCUUUUGCUUACAUCCACUCUUCGACCUAUCAGCUCUCCGUCAACUCCUCCACCGAGCAAUUCUUCUCCACCUUCACGAGCACCGUGAAACGCAAGAAUCCUUCGAUCACCACUCUGCUAUCAGUGUGGGCAGCAGCGUGGGCAGGCCGAGAGGAUCCUUCAGCUUUCGUUUCGAUGCUCAGUGAGUCUUCUUCAAGAAGGUCCUUUAUCGAGUCUACCAUAGAAAAGGCAAGGCUUUAUGGGUUCAGUGGGGUUGAUCUCUGUGGGGUCUUGCGCAGUGGGAGCAUUAACGUGACCAAUUUGAGUGCCCUUUUGCGGGAGUGGAGAGAUGGAGUAGAUGCCGAAUCAAGAAAAUCUGGGAAACCUCAGUUGCUGCUAGUAAUGGCUGUGUAUAGUCAACCCAUUUUUAACUCCGUGAGUUACCCAAUUGAUUCAAUUCAGAGAAAUUUGGACUGGGUUCACCUAAGUGCGUAUGAUUACCAUCUCCCCACCAGGGAAAGAUUUGCUCUCCCUCACGCAGCUUUAUUUGACCCAGCAAGCCCGAAGAACACAGACUUCUGCAUCACUUGGUUGCUGACUAGAGGAUUUCCCGCAAGAAAGCUGGUUCUGGGCUUGCCCUACCAUGGCUAUGCUUGGCAGCUCGAGGAUUCGAGCGCCGAUGCCAUUGGCCAUCCAGCGGUGGGGCCUGCUGUGACGAUGGAUGGGUCAUUUGGAUACAAGGCUAUAAAAUCUUAUAUCCGAGAUUUCGGUUAUGGAGCCAAUCCUGUUUAUAAUGGUACAUAUGUGGUGAAUCUUUUCAGAAAGGGAUUGGUAUGGAUCAAUUUCGAUGGUGUGGAGGCCAUCCGUGCCAAAGUAACUUAUGCCAAGGAAAAAGGGGCUCCUUGGUUACAAUGUGUUUCAGGUCAACAAUGA